AUGACAACAGUUGGCAAGCAGAAAACGCAGCCAUUGCAGCACACAGUGGGAGCUUGUCAGGCAGACCAACAACGGACGUCCAACAGAUGUGAGCCAAUCUUCAAACAACCAGCACCAGCUGAAACAACCGCCAAUGUAACUAAAACGGGUGCAACAUCCAAUACAACAUUGGCUACAACACAGGAUUCAACAAGAUCAACAACUUCAAGCCAGUCAUCUCUACCGGACAAAGACCGACAUUUCACUGGCAGGAAUGACAUUGUUACAGAGAUCAGUCACAACAUUCUCACAACAAAGUCCAAGUCAUCACCUACACGAGUGCAGAGUCUUGUGGCACCAGCUGGUUUUGGUAAGACGUCCGUAGCCAUUGCUGUGGGACAUGUAUGUCGCAGUGCUGGUUGUCGUGUGGAGUUCUUUGACUUACGCGGUGUAGCUGGUGUUGACGCUGUCCAGGCAAUGAUUCAAAACCGACUCGAAACAAACCCAGCUUCAUCUGAAACUACUGGCAAGACAACGAAAUCAACUGAUGGCAGGGAUGAUGAUGGUGGCAAACACCACAUGUUAUGUAUCCUAGACAAUGCCGAGGAUGCUAUCCAGUUUAAACUACAACAACACCGUCUUGAUGGUCUGACAAAGGUUUGUGCUGUUGAUCUUCUCCAUGGUCUAUGUGUUGAAGGUAGUCUAAGCAUCGAAGACGCACAGAGGUUAGUGGAUCAUUGUGGAAAUGUUCCACUUGCUGUACGCAUUACAGCUGGUCUUCUACAAGGUGGUCGAUUAACUCCAACCAGGCUGCUAUCGUUGUUCAAGAAGAUUGGUCUUGAUGUGUUCAACGAUGAUGGUCUGAAACCGAAUCAUCGAAUUCUGCAGCUGUUGAAAGUAGCAUACAACACACUACGUCAGGAUGACAAAGAAUCAUUCCAUGCUCUAUCUCAACUGCACUCCUCCUUCUCAUCUAAAUGCGCUUGUGUGAUGGUGGAUUUUGUAGGUGAUGAUGUUGAUGUGGUUCAUCUUCUACGUUUUGAUCCGUUGAUCAAGAUUUGUUUCCUAGAUUACAAUUCGUGUUUGGAUCGCUACUCGUUACAACCAUUUAUCGCCGAGUUUGGUCGUUACCAAUGCCCAGAAGACAAGCAACACAUGUACCAACGGCGAAUGUGCAAGCAUUUCCUGGGCUUUGUGAAGGAAGUUGAUGGCUGUAGAGGGUGUGGUGCAGACAAAGCAGUGUAUUGGAGUUACCAAUUGCUUCAGGAACAGGUGAAUAUACAGAUGGCAUUGUCUGUUGUUGAUGUUUUGUCUGGCGAUGACUUGCUUCCUUUCUCUGGAUUAGCAAAGUGGUCGGGUAUCCUAGUUCUCUUGUGUGGGAAACCAGCAUUUGAUGGAGGGUUUGGGGACAGGAUUCAAAGAUUGGAGAAAGCACCGCUAUCCGUUCAAGCUGAGGGCAUUUGCAGCUCGGUCCUGUAUUGUAUUUACAGUCCAAGCAUUGCAGAUUCUGAUGUCACUUUUGAGAGUUUGGAUUCCAGAACCCAAAUGCUCCUGGAGAAAUCUGAACAAGAACCGACAGGAGUGGAGUCACCGCUGCAGCUACCUUUGAUGCAACUUUCUCUUGAGUCAUGCAGGCUAUCCAUGUCUCUGGACAUCGACUGCAGGGAAGGACAGGUUGAGCCCAGCCAGGAAACACUAUCCCGUCUGCAGGUGGUGUACCAGCGUGUUACAACAACACUGGGAAUGGGUCUUGCAACAGGUGUCACUGAAUGUGCCCUGAAACUCAUUCAACUGUAUUGUUCCACUCUGCUAAACAAGGAUAUACCCAAUGUACAGGUGGUAGAAGACCUUGCUGAGAGAGUGAUGUCAUCACGCUUCCUAUCACAGGAUGGUGCAGUCAGGUCAUGUGCUAUAAUGUACGGUUUUCUGCUACAAUGCAUUGCUGUGAUCCUGGGCAAGGUCAUGUCAAGUUCCUGCAGCAGUGAGUGGAUUAUUUCACCAUCAUUGAUUACACCACUGGGUAUACCACUGUGCAAGUGGAAACAUGUACCAACUGCUAUCAGCCGCACGGUCAAUACCUAUGACGACCACACUACUGUGUCUGCUCUUCGGUUACAACGGUACCUGCACUCCAUGGAUGAUGACACAGUAACCACACUACUGGACAUGUACUUGGGUGAUGAUUACUACAACCUGUACAUAUCCUUGGUAGUUAAUGGAAGGGCACACACAACUCCAACGGGUCUCACUCUACCAGCACAGCAUCCCUACAACAUUGUGAUGGACUAUGUCAGGAGAUGGUGUCAUGGCUCAAAUCCAGCAGAUCACACAACAGCACUGAUUAACAACUGUAGCCAGAACAAGGUACCUGAUCUUGAAGUGAUGCAGUCUUGUAUUCUGAUGGCUAGAGCAAUGCUCAAUUUGGAGAAUACUCUCUUUGCGAAUGUUGUUAGUUCCACACUCUUCCCAGCGUUGAAGUCACUUGUUAAGGAUCUCAGAGCUUGCCUGCCAAGCAAUUGUGCAACUGGUCUCUCAGUGUCUGGAAUUGUGUACUUUCCACCACAAACUAGAGACCUGUCUCUACUAUACUACUCUCUCAUUGCUGCCCUACAUCAUCAAUCCAAGAGAGGCCUAGUGAGCAAUGAUCACCACAUUGCACUACAGGAAUGGUGUCCACGUGUAGCGGCAUGUUUUGUCUGCUAUGACCUGGACAACAUCGAGGCAUGUCCUCGUUGUGACAUGGCUUACCUGUGUGGUAAACAUCGUCAAACUGAUGAACACCUACGUGAACACAACCAACACUGUGCUAUGCUGGCAGUACUCAGACAUCGCAUACUGCAGUAAGUU